AUGCCCUUUGCUGGUAUCAGCAACCAGUUCUAUGGGAUGCUACGGGCCAUGUCGAUCGCACGCGCGCUGGAUAGGACCUUGAUUUUGCCACCAAUCACAUCCUCGAGCCACGACAAGUCUCGACAGAACCAGGCCUGGUCAGAUUUUUUCGAUCUGGAGGAGUUUCGACGGAGGACAGGGUUGAAGGUGAUCGAGUACCAGGAUCUGCAAGAUCACGGGUCGUUCCGAAGUCCUACUGGUGUUCAAGAGUCUGGGUCAUAUGUUGGCGCAUCAUGGAUCCCUCCUUGGGUCGAAGAGGCAUCUAUAGGCGAAGCAGCGAAGGCGAUAUCAUCGGUGGACAAGCGAGGAGGAGGUGGCGGGCGGUACCAACAGAGUCUGGGGACAGGAACGAGCGUCGUCGAUAUGACCAUGCCCUGUCAUGUCACCUGUGGAUUCGGUUCGAAGCGCGAUCUGGACUUUACAGCCAAGGCGUUUGUACGACAGUGGGGGUUCCAAUACAAGAAGGAGAUGUUCCCGAAGUCACAGUCACCAUCUCCUUCUACACCUGCGCCAGUCGACAACUCACCUAUCGACCAAACCCGCGAUUUUGACAGGAUUGCUGGGGCGCGUCAAAACGACUCGCUCAAAGAGGAGGGGUUCCUCUGUAUCAGCAACACCUACAAGAUCCAGAUCUCACCUGUCACCCCUGCAAGCUUGGCGGUCGACUCGAUCGAAUGGCAUGAGUUUGGACAGCAUCUGUUGUUCCAGGCCCAGUUGACACACUUUGUGGAUGAGUUUCUGGGCAGGACGUUUGGUGAGAAUCCGGAAGAGAGGACCAAGUAUGGCAACGACACCUUUUGGAUCUCCUCGCCGCUACUUUCUGAACCUUGGUCGCAGCCUGCUCCAGCGCCUUUUCCCGAACCAGCUUAUGUACUGGAGACAGUGCCGCUUCAGGCGACUCUCCUCAACUACAGCUGCCGGACCAACCAACUGCCCUGGACGUCGUCGACACACCGUCGUCAUCGCCUCUUGCCGCUCCUUCAGCAGAGUCUCAAGUGGCCGUCUCGUAUGCAGCCACGGUAG